CGAUUCGAAUGCUUGUCAUCCUUGAUCCUCCGGUCAGGGAUCUUUUUCAAUUCUACUACUUGUUGCUGGGUCCGAUGCUCUGAAGGCUUACUUGACUCGGGUAAGGCUUACCGGCGAAGAUCUUAUCUCUGCCUCCCGAUGAAAGUAUAGCAACAUCUCGCCGGAUAUGCCUGACUCCAACCUAGGUAAUGCACCUUUGCAGUGUGCUGGAGAAGUGUUUUAUCUGGACCAAUUGCCCCCAGGCCGCAUUUUUAUCUACGCAAGCUGUUCUCAAUUCGUGACACUCCUUAUGCCCACUCCCUUCAUCCGAGUUGUUUCACGUCUCUUCGUGUGGAAGCAAACUCCUUUCAGUUUCUUUCCUCUUAUCUUCAAUUGUCUCCAUUUUCGGUUUCUCCAUGACCUUUUCUAUUCCCCUUCUGUUUUUUCUUGUUCUUUACUUUUUUCUUUUUCUAGCUGUUCCGACGAGCUUGUCUCGCGACUUGAAUGUCUUCCAAGGCUUAGGCCUGAGCCUGGCGCCUGUUGGAUCGGAAAUUUCUCGAUAAUUCUUGUUUCUUCAGGGCAUCGAAAAAUCUUCAUACCCAUACCCCCCUCAAAAGUCGCGCCGCAAAUCUGCGUCUGCGCGUACACCCGCCAGCACACCUAUGUUUCCUAUACCUCUUUUCUCUUCUCAUCUUGUUGUCUUCUCAAUACCACUUUUAAGUCUGCGAGCAGUCUAAGUACGUACAACUCUGCUAUCGAAUUAUCGUACUUUUUAACACGGUCCUGGAAGAUUGAGGUAGAUUAUCACUUCGCAAAAAAACGUAGCGUGACUUGAAGAGCCAGAGACUUGUACGUGUCCGGCAUAGCUAACGAAAAAAGACUGUCAUAAUCAUGCUCAAGUAUCGUCAGUCAAUAUCAGCUCUAACAACGUAAGAUAUCCAACGGGACAGACCCCAACGCCAAACAGAGACGGGUAUUGAAGUGGAAAAUAAGGUCUGUACACUCAUAUGCUUCCAUUCAUGAACCCUUGUGCAAGCAGAAACCGUGAACAUAGCAAAUCACAUCAAAAACAUUUAGGAUACACUCGUUCCUCUUUUUCAUCAUUCGUUUCAAGACCUCACAGUCAAAUCCGUCGAA